UGUUCAAAUAAAUAUAUUAAAUGGCAUCACUUAAUAAAUUAAGUACCAAUGAAAUUGGUAAUAUUGAUAGAUAAAUUGCUAAAUUAAAGCAAGGAUAAAUAUUAACAGAAUAAGAAAUCAAGAGUUUAUGCAUCAAAGUUUUUAUAUAUAGCAAUUACAUAGGCUAAAGAAAUAUUAUCAGAUGAACCCAACAUUAUUUAAGUAAGAGCUCCUCUUACUAUUUGCGGAGAUAUACAUGGUCAAUUUCAUGAUCUCAUAGAACUCUUUUAAAUUGGAGGAAACCUACCAGUAUGUUUAUUUUGCAAUUCAUUUUUAGGACACUAAUUACUUAUUCCUUGGAGAUUAUGUUGAUAGAGGAUCUUAAUCAGUUGAAACAUUCUCAUUAAUGCUAUCACUCAAAGUCAGAUAUAAGGAUCGAAUUGUUUUAUUGAGAGGUAUAUCACAUAAUAUUCUUAAAGGAAAUCAUGAAAAUAGAGAAAUUAAUAAAAUUUAUGGAUUUUAUGAUGAAUGCUUUCGUAAAUAUGGUAAUGAAAUAGUUUGGAAAUAAUUUACAGAGGUUUUUGGGUAUUUACCACUAUCUGCAAUUGUGGAAUAAUAAGUAACAGCAAUUUUAAUUACACUUUUAGAUUUUUUGUGCACAUGGAGGUUUAUCACCAGCUAUGGAAUCUGUAGAUUAAAUAAAAUAACUGAAUAGAGUAUAAGACAUUCCUCAUGAAGGAUUGAUGUGUGAUUUAUUAUGGAGUGAUCCUGAAGAAACAAAAAAUGGUAUUAUAUAAUAAUUAAACAUUUUAAGGAUGGGGUAUCUCUCCUAGAGGAGCAGGUUGGACUUGGGGUUGUGAUAUUACUGAAAAAUUCUUACACUCUAAUAAACUAAAAUAAAUUGCCAGAGCUCAUCAAUUAGUCAUGGAAGGAAUACAAAAAGUUCAUAAUCAAAAAACUAUUACAAUUUUCUCUGCUCCUAAUUAUUGUUAUAGAUGUGGUAAUUAAGCAUGCAUUGUUGAAGUUGAUGAAUAACUAAGAAUGAAUUAGUAUUAUAAUAAAUAUUUAUAUAGAAUACAAUUUGAACCAGCACCAAGAGAGAAUGAGCCUCAUACAACAAGAAGAGUACCUGAUUAUUUUCUUUGA